AUGGGUGGCCUUGGUCAGCGUCCACUUUCUGAAGUGAGUCCCAUGGCGCAGAGACGCAAUUCUCCUAUCUGGAACCAAACAACCAAGAUGCCGGUUGGCGAAGCCACUGCGUACGAUAUCUCUCCUCUAAACAACACAUCUGCCCAGCGUCUCUUCUGGAAGGGUCGCGAAUCCCCAACUUCUUUUGCCAAAGGCGCCGAAAACCGUAUGCCAUAUGACCCGGAAUCCUCCUACUUCCCUGCGCGUCGCCCAUCCCUAGAGGAUCUUAAGCGCGCGUCGCGCGUGAAGAAUAAUGCCAGCAUGUUUCGCGAUACUGAAUAUGACCCAGCACACGUCAAUGUACCGCAGAGACCACUGGCCGCAGAUCGGUCACCAAACCGCGACAGCCAAAUGAAUCUCGCCAAAUCGAAAUUCGUCGACGAGGAGGAUGCUUCGUCAUUGUCUAAGGGCAGCCGAUAUGGCAAGGGCUUUGACCCUUCACAUGACAUCUGGUCCGAGUAUGAUAACGCUGCUUACGGGAAGAGUGUCAAAUUUGACGCUGCACCCCCCCAAGUCAAUGAAUAUGAGAUGCGCACCCCUGACCUCUCCUCUCUUGCUUCUGGGUCCCGCGAAACUAGCUAUGACUCGGAAGAGGAUGCGGAUGUCAGCUUCGAGCAUGAAUCGUCCGUUGAGCGGGACGACAGCUUUGAUGCCUCACUUGAGGACAUUGAAAAGACCCCAGUGGUUCUCCCCGAGGAUUGGCGUUUUAUGAGUCCUGAAAGUGGAAACGAGGAAGAAGACUCAUUCGUUGAACACACUGACAAUGACACCUCUGACGAACGUCCUGUGUCACGCGGAGGGGACUCAAGCAGUCACUCCCGAGUAGAAUCUCUUGAUUCCAAUGGCGAACGCCGUCCACUACCACCUCUGCCAUCGGUUGCGCGCAUGUCAUUGUCUGGGUCUCGACCAACUUCGCCAGGGAAGUUGGCCGCCGCCAUCGAACUCGGCAGUAGUAGUCAGCGUGACUUGCCAGCAGCUCCCCGCCCUGCAUCGUGCAGCAAGUCUGACAUAAACGGCGGGAUGUCCUUAGAGGAGAGAUUGAGGCUUAUGAUGCUCCAUGAGCAGCAAGGAGUUCGAAAUAAUGAUGAAAAGGAGACGAAUGAGUCAUCGAAGACAUCAGCCACGUCUGAACUUGAGGAAUCGGCCCAUGAAAACGAUACCCCAUCGGCAGAACCAUCAAAGAACGACGUCUUCUCUCCUCCACGAAUCUCUCGGGACUCAAUCCUACGGGAUAUUCGCAAGAGCGAGAUUUUCGAGGACGAGGUUUCCGAUGAUGAUUCCCAAAUUUCCUCCAGCCCCAAUCCUUAUGAUCAUUAUGACCCGGAUGUCCCCAUUCCGUCUCUGGAAGAUGACGAUGACGACUCUUCAAGUGUGAUCAUUAAAGAGGAGGCCCAUGAUGACGACCUUUAUGCCAUCCCUGAUUACUAUCAAAAUCAUUCUGACAAUAGCCUGUCUUCAAGAGACCAGCGAGCCAAGUAUGAUGAGGAUAGCAACUAUUCACUGCGUGACGCCGCGGAGACUACUGAGAAAGAUAACUCUGGUCAGACCACCCCCAUUGCCGAGCAGCACAACGAAGGUGUCUCCGAACGACAGAUUGAGGAGUCAAAAGAGACGACUCAGUCUGACGAAGGUUACAAAUUUGACAUGGCUUCUAUUCGCCAAUCUCUUGCUCGUCCUGUCACUCCCGAAAUAAAACAAGAGCACGAAGAUGAGCUCUCCGAGCCUUCUACGCCAGAGUCCGUCAUUCGACAUCCCAUCGGGGACGGCGAUUGUGAAGACGACGAAGAUGAAGCAGCCUUCGAAAGUUCCUCCGAUGAAUCUGUCCCCGAACCGGUCGCCACUAUCAAAGCCCCAGGCGCUGGUCUCAAGACUCGACCCUCCCUAACCCCGGCUGAUUUGGAGUCCAUGGCUGCAACUCGUCGCAAGAUCAGUGGCCAGCAUGUGCCUCCAGUGCCGUCGCUUCCCCCGCAGAUUUCUACCGACACUGAGCGCGAGGACCAAAUCACCGAUCUGCCACCGCAGCUGACCCUUCCAACCAACCCAUCUCAACGCCAGUCAAGCCUGAUGCAACUCGAUAUUCCCUUCAGCAUUCAGGAGGAAAGUCUUGGCUCUGGUCUCAACAAGGAGUUUGACCGCGUCAUUGAAUCCCAAAAGGUUGCGUUCCAACUUGCUCUUUCCCAGUUUGAUUGUCUUCCAGUUCCAGCUUCCCAGGCGGAUCGCCCGCUGGCCUCUAGAACCCAAGGACUUCCCAGCUUUGCCGACUUUGUCAGACCUGCUAACCAACUUUACAAUCAACAGAGAGGGUACCUCAUGCGGCAGAAUACCAAGGUUGUCAUCGCCAACAACCGUAACGACAACGACGAAGAACCCACGACAGCGAGCGAACAGUCCAUGCAGGACCUGCGCGGCACCCGGUCCGCGGGCUCUUCCCCUCGCAAGCCGAGCCAGCAGACCUGGACUACAGAGCCAUGGAAUGGUUCCACGCGACGUCCAAGUAUCAAGAUGGCUGGUGCUGUCCCAAGGAAGAAGCCUGUUCCUGGCGUAGGUUCUGUCCCCCCUCUCCCUGGUCAGCCAAGCAAUGUCCAAGAGGCCCAGGCAACCAUCGAGGAAAACGAGGCACUCGCGCAGGACAGCUUCGAGGAGGGAGAAGAGCGCGGCCGUCUCUUCGUCAAGGUUGUGGGAAUCAAGUACUUGGAUCUUCCCCUUCCACGUGGCGAGCGCUCCCACUUUGCACUUACCCUGGACAAUGGUCUUCACUGUGUGACUACCUCUUGGCUUGAGCUGGGCAAGUCAGCUCCGAUAGGUCAAGAAUUCGAGCUCAUUGUCCAAAACGAUCUUGAGUUCCAGUUGACUCUGCAGAUGAAGGUCGAUGAAAGCAAGCUUUAUCCCCAAGAGAACACUGCCUCUCCUGCUCGCCAGAAGACAUCGGCUUUAAGCCGUGUUUUUGCCUCUCCGCGCAGACGCAAGGAGCUUGAUCUGAAGCAGCAAAUGCAAACGCAACAAUCAAAGGAUGUUAACGCACCUGUUUAUGACCGCCUGCGAAACCUUGUUGCUCGGGAUGGAAGCUUUGCUCGUGCCUAUGUCGCUCUCAGUGACCACGAGAAGCAAGCUUUUGGUCGUCCUUACAUUGUCGAUGUUGCGUGCUUCAACGAAUGGGCCGUCGACGAGCAACCCAGUAGUGUUAAGAGCAAGAAGAGUGCGACAAGCAUGACCGCUCAGCGUCGCCCGCCGUACAAGAUUGGCAAGUUGGAACUACAGUUGCUAUUUGUUCCCAAGCCCAAAGGCUGCAAAGAAGAUGACAUGCCCAAAAGCAUGAAUGCCUGUAUUCGCGAGAUGCGGGAUGCCGAGAGUGUUGCUGCUCGCAGCUGGGAAGGAUUCCUCUCCCAGCAAGGUGGAGAUUGCCCAUUCUGGCGUCGUCGCUUUUUCAAGCUCCAGGGCUCCAAGCUAACUGCUUAUCAUGAGACAACACGCCAACCCCGUGCAACCAUAAACCUGGCCAAGGCCUCCAAGCUCAUCGACGACCGGCCGUCUCUUACUCAGAAGGAGACCAGCACUAAGAAUGGUGGUCGCCGAAAGUCGGCUUUCGCCGAAGAAGAGGACGGCUAUAUGUUCGUCGAGGAAGGGUUCCGUAUUCGCUUCGGUAACGGCGAAGUGAUUGACUUCUAUGCCGACAGCGCAACAGACAAGGACGGCUGGCUGAGAGUCAUGUCAGAGGCCGUCGGAAAGGGUUCUUCGUCUGGAAAUGGUGCGCUCAGGCCCUGGGCUGAUCUUGUGCUCAAGCGUGAGCGAAGCAUGAAGGCUCGCCGUUCCACAACCGACCGUCUUCCAGUUGGUCCCCCUUCGCCCACUGGAAAACGGCAGAGCAAUAUGACAGGGGCACCUCCCGCCUCAGCAGGAUCUGCGACGCAGGUGCCCUCGUCUCCCCGGCCCCGACACAAGCACACCCAAUCUCAACCCGAGGUGGGCGGUAUUGACGCUCGCCGGCAGAAGACGCGCUCUCUCAUGUUCUAA